UUCCACCCCACAUUGUGACGAUUAGAGGCUAAUUGUCGCUGUCGAUUAUAGGUGUUAGUAGGGUAUGCCUGUCCCUCCCCCUCCGUACAGCCUUGGAUCUCGCGCUGAUAUUAUGCUCAAGUGUUUUCCUUUUUGGCAGGACCUGUUGUCCUGCUAUGUGGUGAACACUGGGACCACGACGAGCGAUGAAGGCAAAUGGAAAUGUGUUCCGCAGAGAGAUGAUUACUACGAAUGUCUCCAUCACAAGAAGGAGGUUUGUGGGCCAGAGCGAAAAUUGGAGCCACCUGAAUUAUUACACAGAGAUUGAGCUGCGGCCAUCUGACUCCCCUAAAUAGAUUCGGAAAACUCAAGCGAUAAAGGCCGCCUAUAACCGCCGGCUCAAGCAGGAUCCGAAUUUCGAUACCCGGAAACCAGAGGGAGAAGCGGACAUCAGGAGUUUAGGACUACUACAGAAAAAGUAAAAAUGCUGCAGUGAGAAUUGGGUGCGGUCACUGGUUGAGAGGAAAUACGUGUAUAUCGAUAUACGUGCAUUAGAUUUACGAUAUUCCCCAGC